UUGCCACUUGUUUCCCGCGGUCGGAUGGAUGUAGACACGACUCUUCUCGCCUGGCUGCUUCUCGCGCUCCUGCUUGUCGCGCUCGUGGCUGGCAUCAAGGCGGCUUUGCGCCCGGCCCGAUCCGGACCGAUUGCGAGCCGAUUGCUGCGCGAGAUCCCGCCGGAGCCGAAGCCGCAGGCGGCCGAGGCAGCUCCCGUUGAGCCGUCGGUUCCGGCAGAGGCGGAACCGGAACUGAUGCGGCCGGGCGGCCGCUUCAAGCUUUCGGAGCUCCCGGACCCGCGGGACGCGGAAGAGGCGGUGUGGGAGGUGCAAAGCGCGGAGGACGCCGCGCAUCUGCUGGCGGGGUGCCAGAAGGACACGGUGGUGGCGUGCCUCUUCUUCCGUCCCUUCGACGGCACCUCCUCCCGGGCACGCCGCUGCUGCCAGCAUCUGGCGGCGUUGCAGCCGGCAGGGGUCGCCUUUGCCGAGGUGAACCUGGCGGAGGCCAAGGAUGUGGCGGCCUGGGCGAAGGUCACGGAGCCAGAGGCGCGUUUGCUGCAGCCGGACGGCGCCGUGCUUGAGCGACUCCGACUGGCUGACGGAUCCGUGGCCGCCCUGGAGGGGGCCGUCCUGGCCCGGGCGGCCGCGCUGGCCAAGCAGGCGCCGCAGAAGCUGGCGGAGCUGGGGAUGCGAUAUCCUGAUGCUUUGCAUCACGAGCUGGUCUUGUGCAUGCCGAAGGAGGGCCCGGAGAAGAUGGAGGCUGCGGCCCGUGAGCUCAUGGCCCAGCGCGGGGAAGGCGCCGCCGAGGCGGUGCUUGCGCUCUGCCGCGCUUGCGCUUCUGGCGCUCCGAAGCCGAAGCCGCGGCAGGUGGCGGCCCUGGCGCGGGCCAUGGCUGCGGCGCCUGCCGUGCCGCUACUGGACCUGAGCCGGCGCCUGGCGGGGCUGAGGCUGCUGGGCGGCAGUGAGCCGGGGGCACGGGAGGCCUUGGGGCUGCUCCUGGAGUCCAUUCUACUGGGAGUGGAGAAGGAGCCGCUGGGAGCUGCCACGAUGCUGGCGCUGCAGUGCUUGGCCAACAGCUUCCACCAAAGCUCCUUGGGCGAGGCCUUGCUGCCGGUGGCGGUGGAGUUCACUAGGACGCAGGCCUGGCAUGCCCUUUGGUCCGGAGGUCCGCACACGGCUGGAGAGGACAAGGCGGCCAAGGCCUGGGACGCGGGCGCGGCGCUGCUCUUGAACGCCUCCGUGGCGUUGCAAGGGGCGUCCUUCCGCGUGUCGUUGGCGCCGCUGCUGGAGGAGGCGCUCCAGGCGCUGCAUCGAUGCCCGGAGCAUCCGCGGCUGAAUUGGGCCGUGGGCAACUUCUUAGCCAUGGACGCAGCGGACGCCAAGGAGGACGCCAAGAGGGCGCUGCAGGCGCAGCCGCUGCCGCCUUUGCGCCAGCUGGCGGCGGCAGUCUUCCACGGCACCUUGGAAGCGCCUGAGACCGCCGCUUUCCCCGCCGCCUGGCGCCCGGCGUCCGCUGCGGGCGGCGCGGAAAACGCGGCGGGGGCGGAGGGGGCGGCGAACGCGGCGCGGCGUCGGCCCGGGGCGAUCCCGGCGCGGUACCGCCGGCGGGGGGGCUGCGCCCGGAUGAAGGUCACUCUGAAGUAUGAGGAAGCCUCCACGGAGGACCUUCACAUGACGCUUCGGCUCACCCUGCCGGCAAAGUACGUAAAUGGCACCAACAGAGAGAUUGUCAAGCUCUUUGUGGACCACUACAACAAGAAGAAUGGGGCGAGUCCCAUCUCUGUGGAGGAUCUGCAUCUGAAGAUUGUAGGCGGAGUCCACCUGGACAACGAGGAAAGAGUACGGGAGUCCUUGACGAGUGGCGAUGAGUGCUACUUGCUCGGCAAGAACUCGGAGGGGCCACCUGCGAAACCAGUGCAGGGCUAUUCCGCUCCAGUGCAGCCAGUGGAAAGCAAGGUGGCGAAGGAGAAAGAUAAAGAUGGAAAAAUGAGGUGUAAGAACUUCGGCUGCCAGAAGAUGUUUGAUCCCGACGGGCCACCACAAGAGUGCCAGCACCACAAGUCUGCGCCCAUCUUUCACGAGACCGCAAAAUGGUGGUCUUGCUGUCCAGACAACAAAGCCUAUGACUUCGAUGAGUUCAUGAAGAUCCCGGGUUGCAAUCAGGGCUUCUGCACCAACGAGUCCCAAGCCAAGAAGCGCUUCCUGGGCGGCACCGAUCUGAGAGCAGACAGCGCGCCUGUCCGGCUGGACGCCAACGCGCCUCCAGAUCCCCGCGAGAAGUUGGCGGCCAUGAGAAAAGGCUUAGUGGCGGUGGGGGUGGACGGCGCCCUCUUCGAGCAGGCGGCCAUGAAGAUCGCCACCGGCAGCGACCUGGAGAAGGUCUGCGAUGUGCUGAAAGGGCGCUUCUCCGCUGCCCUCAAGGGCCUGUGA